AUGUCCUUAUUCGGCACAUCUCCAGAGGGUCCCUCUGCGAAUGAUCCUGCCAGGUCCAAGUCAUCCCUGUUUGCUGACGAACCGGCUACGGGCGGCUCCUCGCUGUUCGCCGAUGACGACGGCGACGACAGCUCCUCUCCUUGGAACAUCCAGAAUAAUACCACCAAAAGAACUGCUCGGCGCGAUCUGGUUCGGACAUUGCUUCCCAAUACAGACGUGCCUGAGAGCUACAUCGAUGCAUACGACCUGAUUCUGAACAGCGGGGACAGGGUUGGCUCCGGCAUUGGGUUGACCUCUGUUCGGGAGAUUCUUUCAACCAGCGGGCUCACUGCAACCGAUCAAAGCAAGAUCCUGAACCUUGUUGCUUCUGGUGAUCGUGAAAGCUUUAGUGGACUUGGUCGUGGCGAGUUCAAUGUGCUGUUAGCGCUGGUCGGCUUAGCGCAAGAAGGCGAGGACAUAUCGUUUGAUUCAGUGGACGACCGUCGCAAAACACCCUGCUACCCCCCUUCACAGCCUCCUCCCUUGCAAACCCACGGCUCUGCACAGUCGCAAAUCCCACGACGAGAGUCGUUAGGCGGAUUGGAGUCAGACCCAUGGGGCAGUCCACAAUUACACCGCGGUCACAACCAUGAGACAGAAAGCACUGAACCACGUGUAUUGAAUGGAUUCGGUAGUGUGAGAUCUACUACGGACCCUUGGUCUAGCAGGCCGGUUGAAGAAACCACGCAAAGCAAUGUGGUUCAACGGGAGCAUUCCAAUGGCCAGACGGAGGCUGCCCCGCCUCGCACUUCUGGGUCUGGAUGGGGGAACAAUAACUUCAACGGAGCGGGUCCGAGUGAUGAAAGCAGUUUUGGAGGCACAAUUCCCCAGGCAUUAGGUGGCUUUGGUCCUGUAGAGGAUGAGCCCAUCACUAUUGCACCACGGCGUCGGUCCCUUGGUCUCGGCCGACCGACAAACCCACAGGUAGAGGAGAGCGUCAGUGUCACGUUGCUCCCCGAGAAAGAAGGCUUGUUCAUGUUUCAACACCGAAAUUAUGAAGUCAAGUCUGCACGGAGAGGUAGCACGGUUAUUCGGCGUUAUAGCGACUUUGUCUGGCUAUUGGACUGCCUUCAAAAGCGAUUUCCUUUCCGGCAACUGCCUCUUCUUCCCCCCAAGCGGGUUUCAGUAAAUGGCACUCACCUUUCAGCGGAUUCAUCCUCGUUCCUCGACAAGCGCCGGCACGGACUGGUGCGAUUCACCAACGCCCUCGUUCGCCAUCCCGUUCUUGGUCAAGAACAGCUUGUGAUCAUGUUCUUGACAGUUCCAACAGAACUUUCGGUUUGGCGAAAACAGGCCACAAUAUCAGUCCAAGACGAGUUUACUGGCCGUGUCCUCCCGCCGGAUCUUGAGGACUCCUUGCCCGCCACUCUCGACGAAACGUUUGAAACAGUGCGCAGCGGUGUCAAGCGUUCUGCAGAAAUCUAUAUUAAUCUUUGCACUUUGCUUGAGCGAUUGGCUAAGCGCAACGAUGGUCUGGCUGCUGACCACCUCCGGUUCUCCCUCGCGCUGCAGUCCUUGACGGAAGUCACGAAAGAUACGUACGCAGUGGAUACGAAUGACAUUCCGUCUCUAAAUGCAGGUAUCACAGCCACCGCUCGGCAUCUCUCUGCCAGCCAAAGCCUGUUGGAGGAUGAAGCACGUGGGUGGACGGAGGGAGUUCUAGAAGAUCUAAAACGCCAACGUGAUUGCUUGGUCAGCGUACGCGAGAUGUUCGAUCGGCGGGAUCGGUAUGCACGGAACAACAUUGCGCAGCUGGAACGGCGCAUUGAGACCAAUGAGCAGAAGUUGCAGGACCUACGCGUCCGACCUUCGGGCACAGUAAAGCCCGGGGAGAUCGAGAAAGUUGAGGAUUCUAUCUUCAAGGACAAAGAAUCCAUUGUCCAACAGCAUGCCCGGGGCGUUUUCAUCACAGAAUGCAUCCGUGACGAACUCGUCCACUUCCAACAGAGCCAGUAUCAUAUCAGCCGACUACAUCAGGACUGGAGCCAGGAGCGUGUCAAGUACUCUGAAUUGCAAGCUGAGAACUGGCGUGGCUUGAGCGACGAAGUCGAGAGAAUGCCGACAACGGGCGUUUAG